AUGGACAUGGAAUCAGUUCAAGACCUAAAUGGCGUUCUCCGCCCCGACUUCUUCCAUGGAUAUGCGACUGCCGCAGCACAAAUUGAAGGCGCGUGGGAUAAAGAUGGCAAAGGGGUCUCCAUUUGGGACACCUUCGGCCACACGCCAGGGAAAGUCUCCGACGGAAGUACCGCAGAUGACGCUGUGCGGGCAUACGACCUUUACCGCGAAGAUGUCGCGUUGAUGAAAGCUUACGGUGUGAACGCUUACCGGUUCUCACUAGCCUGGUCUCGCAUUAUCCCACUCGGAGGUCGCAAUGAUCCUGUCAACGAACAGGGUAUCAAAUACUACUCGGAUCUGAUCGAUGAGCUUCUGAAGCACGGCAUCACACCCUUCGUCACCCUCUUCCACUGGGACAUCCCGCAGGCCCUGGAAGAUCGCUACGGGGGAAUGCUGAACCAGGAUGCGUAUACACCUGACUUUGUACGAUAUGCCCGAGUCUGCUUCGAGCGUCUCGGCGAUCGAGUCCAACACUGGAUUACAUAUAAUGAGCCUGGCGUAUACACGCUCGCUGGCUACGCCGCUGGUGUCCACGCACCCGCUCGAUCUUCAUUUAGAGAACGCAAUGCCGAAGGCGAUUCAUCGACGGAACCCUUUACCGUCGCACACACGGAACUGGUCUCCCACGGCCAUGUGUCUCGGAUGUAUCGUGAUGAAUUUCAACCUCAUCAGAAAGGCACGAUUGGAAUCACGCUGCACGGAAAUUGGUCAGAGGCGUGGGAUGAGGAUGACCCGCGCGACCAGGAGGCCGCUGAGCGGGCGCGCGAGUUUGAGAUAUCUUGGUUUGCGGACCCGGUUUAUAAAACGGGUGAUUAUCCUGCGUCGAUGCGGGCGCAGCUUGGGGAUCGAUUGCCGAGGUUUACGGAGGAAGAAUCCAAGCUUGUGCUGGGAAGUUCGGAAUUCUAUGGGAUGAAUAGCUACACGACUUUUUUCAUGAAGCACAAGACAACGCCGCCGGAUGUUAAUGACCACAAGGGGAAUGUGGAGAUUCACGAUGAGAACCAAAAGGGCGUGCCGCGUGGCGAGGAAAGUGAUACGGAGUGGCUUCGUGCUUCGCCUAGGGGAUUUAGGAAGUUGUUGAAUUGGAUCUAUGACCGGUACCAAAUGCCGAUCUAUGUGACAGAGAAUGGCACCACUGCAAAGGGAGAGGUGGCUCCAACGCCGGAGGUUCUUGAUGACAAGUUUCGGAUUCGCUUCUUCGAGGGUUACGUGGGUAAUGCACUGGCUCGGGCUGUUAAAGAGGAUGGCGUGGAUAUUCGGUCGUACUUUGCGUGGACUUUCACCGACAAUUGGGGUAAGCUGAUAAUAUCGUUCCUUGAGCCUGGCUGA